AUGAAAGAUCACUGGAGCCUGACUCUCUCUGUCCCUGCAGUGUCCAGAUCCCGGCUCAGCACUGCUCCAGGUCCCAGCUGUCAUCACCCUGCGUCCCUGCCCUCUGCAGCCAGCAGUGAUGUCAUCACCCUGCAUCCCCUGCCCUCUGCAGCCAGCUGUGAUGUCAUCACCCUGCAUCCCCUGCCCUCUGCAGCCAGCAGUGAUCCCCCAGCACUCACCACCCUCACUGCUGCAGCCCCCACCACUCACCACCCUGACUGCUGCAGCCCCCACCACUCACCACCCUCACUGCUGCAGCCUCCACCAAUCACCACCCUCACUGCUGCAGCCCUCACCAAUCACCACCCUCACUGCUGCAGCCCCCACCACUCACCACCCUCACUGCUGCAGCCCCCACCACUCACCACCCUGACUGCUGCAGCCUCCACCACUCACCACCCUCACUGCUGCAGCCCUCACCAAUCACCACCCUCACUGCUGCAGCCCCCACCACUCACCACCCUCACUGCUGCAGCCCCCACCAUUCACCACCCUCACUGCUGCAGCCCCCACCACCCUCACUGCUGUAGGCCCCACCACUCACCACCCUCACUGCUGCAGCCCCCACCACACACCACCCUGACUUCUGCAGCCCCCAGCACUCACCACCCUCACUGCAGCAGCCACCACCAUUCACCACCCUCACUGCUGCAGCCCCCACUCACCACCCUCACUGCUGCAGCCCCCACGAAGCACCACCCUCACUGCUGCAGCCUCCACCAAUCACCACCCUCACUGCUGCAGUCCCCACCACUCACCACCCUCACUGCUGUAGGCCCCACCACUCACCACCCUCACUGCUGUAGGCCCCACCACUCACCACCCUCACUGCUGCAGCCCCCACCACUCACCACCCUCACUGCUGCAGCACCCACCACUCUCCCCCCUCACUGCUGCAGCCCCCACCACUCUCUCCCCUCACUGCUUCAGCCCUCACCACCCUCACUGCUUCAGCCCCCACCACUCACCACCCUCACUGCUUCAGCCCCCACCACUCUCCCCCCUCACUGCUUCAGCCCUCACCACUCUCCCCCCUCACUGCUUCAGCCCCCACCACUCACCAUCCUCACUGCUGCAGCCCCCACCACUCACCACCCUCACUGCUUCAGCCCCCACCACUCUCCCCCCUCACUGCUUCAGCCCCCACCACUCUCCCCCCUCACUGCUUCAGCCCUCACCACUCUCCCCCCUCACUGCUUCAGCCCCCACCACUCACCACCCUCACUGCUUCAGCCCCCACCACUCUCCCCCCUCACUGCUUCAGCCCUCACCACUCUCCCCCCUCACUGCUGCAGCCCCCACCACUCACCACCCUCACUGCUGCAGCCCCCACUACCCUCACUGCUGCAGCCCUCACCAAUCACCACCCUCACUGCUGCAGCCCCCACCACUCACCACCCUCACUGCUGCAGCCCCCACCACCCUCACUGCUGCAGCCCCCACCACUCACCGCCCUCACUGCCGCAGCCCCCACUCACCACCCUCACUGCUGCAGCCCCCACCACCCUCACUGCUGUAGCCCCCACCACUCACCCCCCUCACUGCUGCAGCACCCACCACUCUCCCCCUCACUGCUUCAGCCCUCACCACCCUCACUGCUGCAGCCCCCACCACCCACCACCCUCCACCUUCACUGCUUCAGCCCUCACCACUCUCCCCCCUCACUGCUUCAGCCCUCACCACUCUCCCCCCUCACUGCUUCAGCCCUCAUCACUCUCCCCCCUCACUGCUGCAGCCCCCACCACUCACCACCCUCACUGCUUCAGCCCCCACCACCCUCACUGCUUCAACCCUCACCACUCUCCCCCUCACUGCUUCAGCCCCCACCACUCUCCCCCCUCACUGCUUCAGCCCUCACCACCCUCACUGCUUCAGCCCCCACCACCCCCACUGCUUCAGCCCUCAUGA